AUGUUCUGGAGUCGCCACCGAAAGAGAUCCGAUGCCCGGCGAUCCACUGACCGGCCCCGAUCCAGGAGGGCACAGUGGGAAAUCCAAGAGCGCAUCAAUGUAUUGAAUCGAAGACUGUCCAGUCUUCGCGCAGAGAUCGAUGAGAUAUACCGCAGGCUAGAUGAGAAGGAGAAGAGAGUGAGAAGAGCGAAGGAUGAUGUGAAACGACUCAAAGCUAAGAGACGACCGAAGCGGAGGGACAUUGAGGAGGCCAAGGAAACGGUGCGCAGAAGAAAGCGUGAGUUGAAGAAGACUAAAAGUGUCUUGAAGCAAACAAAGCGCGAGAAAAAAUCCCUGACCAAGAAGAGGGAUCGGCUCAGCCUUCGCGUCUAA